UUACGUGGAGGAGGGGUUGCUCAUUGGCGCGUUCUCAAAUCUUAUUGACAUUGUGUUGUGAUACGCCACGGGUGGUUGGUCAGCAGCAUUGCGCGCGUAAUUCAAAAUUCGAAUCGGCCACAGACUGCGAAAUAUAAUUCCUCAUUUGACGAGUUCUAAUUUCAAAAAUGUUUUCUUUUUUGUGAAUACUAUAGUGCCAUUAGUGUUUCAUUAAAAUGUCUUCCGUGCAUUCUGAUGAGGACCAAGAGGAGAUCAACGUUGAUUCGGACAGUAGGCUAUCAGGGAACUGUGACAGGAGUAUAGCAUCUGAAGAUCAUGACUCGGAUAGCUUCCACGACAGAUACCGAGAUUCACCCAGCGAGCAUAUGACAAAUACACAACAGCGAGUGAAUCUACCAUUUAGUAUACAUAGACUUUUAGGUAAACAAUUUGAAGAGUUAGAUAAACGUCGGAAUUCUCGUGAAAGUGAUGACAGAAGUGAUCAGGACACAGAGUCGGAGAGUGCUAGAGAUGAAGGCAAGGAUAGCCUGCCAUUGCAUUUCGGUCAUAACCCUGGACUUUAUCAUAACUCGGGUUUGCUUCUGAGACCUGGAUUAGGCAUAGGGGGUGGCUAUGGGUUUAGUAACCCUGGAGUUGUUAGAGUCCCGGCGCAUAGAGCUCUUGGUGCUUUAAGUGCGUGGGGAGUGGCUUUGGAUCCAAUGAGACAGGCGGCAGCUGCGGCGUUUGCACAUCAAGUAGUUAAGGAUAGACUAAAUGCAUCGUUCCCAAUAACGAGGCGGAUUGGACAUCCAUAUCAGAACAGAACGCCGCCGAAGCGCAAGAAACCUCGCACUUCCUUCACUAGACUUCAAAUAGCUGAACUGGAGAAGAGAUUCCAUAAGCAGAAGUACCUGGCGUCUGCUGAGAGAGCUUCGUUAGCUAAGACUUUGAAAAUGACGGAUGCUCAAGUGAAAACGUGGUUUCAGAACAGAAGGACAAAAUGGAGACGUCAAACAGCCGAAGAACGGGAGGCUGAGCGACAAGCGGCCAAUCGUCUGAUGUUAUCGCUUCAAGCAGAGGCCCUGAGUAAAGGCUACAUGCCAGAACCACCAGCUGGCGCACCGCUUUCAGCGCUCCAUUAUCAGAACGCACCAAGUUCAGCACCACCUCCGAACACCGCUUUAAGCGCUUUACAGAACUUACAACCGUGGGCAGGGAAUCAAGGGACGUUUGUAACAGCGCCACCGCCAUCGACACAUCCGCCGGCUGUGGCUUCACCAAUAUGUUGAAGUUUUGUUGCGAACAAAGUAUUAUAAGUAUUCUCAUAAUAGAUAAAGUAUUUAGAAAAUCAAGUGAAAAAAUAAAAAAAGCAAUUAGGUAGUUUUAUGAAAGAAUGAUCCAAGUGAAACAUUUUUCAUAUAAUAACAUAUUAAUGUCAGCAAAAAAAACUUAUUUAUAUAUUAUGCCUUACAUAUUCAUAAAAUAAAAAUAUAAUGUAAUAAAAAAAACUUUUGCACGGGUUCGAACCUACUUUGCCUCUGUGAGCCCAGAGCUUAAAUCUGGCGCCUCAGACCGCGCGGCCAAACUGGCUUAAAAGCAGUAGUUGAAAUUAAUGAUACAACUUCACCCCUACUAUAAUCGAUUGAUUGCGAAUUGUAAUGCGACAUGCGAUAGAUGGGCGAAAAACAAUUAAGGCGAUGUAAUUAAGGUUUCACUUUAAAAUUAUAAAAAAAAAAAAAAACAACUUUAAAUAUAUUUGAAAAAAUGUAAAUAACUAACGAUCACGAUUUUGGGAAAUUAGCAAGAUAUAAGAUAGCCCCAUUUUCUUAUAUUUAUUAUGAUAUACUAAAUAUUUAUAGUAUACCCUUUUAAGAACGGUUAUCGUUAAAAUCAGUUCUUGUAGCAAAUUGUGAAUUUUUUUUUUAUUUGAGUAUAUCGCAAAACAUAAAUGAUACGUGUAGAUUCAGGUAACUAAUUCUUAGCUUCAUUACUUAAAUAAUUAUAUUUAAAAAUUUAGAAUAAAACAUAACUGUAAAUAAGUCUUAAAUGAAAACAGUAUUAUAAAUUAAUUAUAUUGACUUAGAAUAAGUACUAAUAUUCCAUAUAAUAUGUGUCGACAUAGUUGUAUUAAAUUUAAUUUGAUUG